AUGAACCCGCACAGAGUUUCCCUUUCGCCCAAGCACAUAAUCACAUAUGAAACAUUUGUGGAGGCGAGAAAACGAUGCAUUGCGCGAAGUCAAGCCAAAGUUACUGGCUUUCUGAACGAUUUGACUUCAAGUACAAGCAAUUGUGUGCUCGACAGCCUGCCGAAGACGAUCUGCUAUCCAUUGCAGAAUUUUCUCAUUCGCCUGUUGCCAGGGGAACAACUGGGCCGAUUUAAAGAGGCCAACAUUGAACAAGCGCUCAUGGAGCGUCUCUCCUGUCUUCUUGACCCCUUGACACAACAUGACACUAGCGUCAGAACCAAGGGAGUCCGUGUUGACAUUUUAACCUUUUUCAGACGCGCCAUUCAAGAGGCCGAACACACCGAAGCGGUCACCGGUUUCAUAGCUCGAAAUGUGGAGUCGUUCAAUCGGAGCAUCUCUUUCUGCCUGAACAGUGAGAGUCGUGAGGUGAUUGAAGAGGCCUGCUACACCCUCUGCGUGGUGGCUCGCAUCCUUCGUUUCCAGAUGGUGCCCGGCCUCGAGGAGCUGAUGGCUGGACUCAUCCGCGUGGUCGCUCUGCUAAUGGUGCCUUGGGAGACAUAUGUGGAGGGCUAUCGUGAGGCAAAGGAGCGUCACACCGAUCUAGAGAUUGCCAGAGCACAAACACUACCCUUCCACUUCCCUAGGGUCGAGUUUCUCUACCACGAGGUGGGGCAUCGCACACUGGCUGUGCUCUACUACACUCUGGCCGACCUCCUUUUCGCUUGCCCAUCUCCACGGCUGCUCAACUUCUUCGAGUGUCGCAUAUUCCGUCGCAAAGAGAUGACUCGCCACCUCCUCUUCAACAUCUUACGAGCUGUUGUCAUCAAUCUGACCGAUCUUCAGGAGGAGGCUGAGGCAUUGCAACAGAAGCAGGCUGGCAGACAAGAUGGGCAAGUUAGUUCUUCCGGACGGCAUCGUGCUAGCUCAACCAAACAGUGGCGGCGAUUGCCGGCCUACAUGUACGCCGACUGUUUGCGCGUCUUCCAUGAUCGUAACAAGGCGAACAAAUCGUUGAUUGUCGACAUUUUGUCGGGUCUGCGUAAUCUGGCCCCGGAGCGUCUGCCGCGCUAUGAAGACGCCAUACUGAAAGCGAUGGAGGCUUUCAGUGGCAGCGCAGGAGGCGGCAGCGGUGGCGGUAGUGGCUGCGCAAUCGGUGGAGGUGGUUCCGGACUUGGCGGAGUGGGGGGGCCUGGUGGCGGAGGAGGUUCAAUGACUGGAGGAGGUGGACUCAGCUUGAGUCAGAGUACAAUGUUUGUUGAAACCUACCAGAUUGGAUCGACAAAACAGACUUUGAGCCAGACGACGUGUACUGCCCAGUCGGGACUAUUCAAAAAGACGCCAGGUCAGAAUGUCGGAGUUGUCGAGAAGCCGAGUGACCAGCAGAAAUUCGAGGGCAGCACCGAGGCAAUAAUGGGUGAACUGUCAAAAAGGUCACAGGGUGAACUGGGCAAUACCCUUGGUGACAUCGACUCUAAGGCGGGUGGAUUGUCCGCUCUUACUUCAGGCAGUAAAGGCAGCCUCUUCCCUUCGUUGAUAGGCGUUUCCGAGGUUACCAGCCCCACGGUUCCAGUUGUAGAGCCACAGCACAGUUCCGAAACGGCGGACUCAUCGUCUCAGUCCCUAUCACUCAGUGCUAAGGGCAAAUUCAACGCGAAAGAUCUGUCGAGACGCUCGAUCAUCAUACCAAAAGUUCCCGAGCUAUUCAAUUCGCCCUUGGGCAAACGAAGAAUUGGCCGACAAUAA